AACGAAAAAAAAACAAAAAAGAAAACAAAUCGGAAACAAAAGGAAGAGGUGCGGCUGGAGAUAAAGAAGUGAUUUUAUACGGAAAGCAUCACAUGAAUACGAUGUAGUUGAAGUAUUCAUCGGGGUGUCGAAAAAUGUUGAGGAGGAAACGGAUGGUAAUCCGUUCUUCCAGCAUCAAAUGGAGCAGCCCUCUUCAUCCCAUUUCGCUCAACAUGUUGAUAGCGAUCCAGAUGAUGCUGAGUAUAUUGGACCCUCAACGGAAGAUGAAGAAUUUUCCAAAGAGGAAGAGGACAUAUCUGCAGAUGAAGGAGAAGAUGGCCAGGACAUUCGUGCAAUGCCAAAGUUACAUGACCGGCAAAGUCACGUACCAAAUAUGUCGUUGAGGCCAACGUUCCACAUCCUAAAUAUUGAGGUCGGCAACAGGUAUCCUUCUUUCCAAAGUCUACAACAAGUUGUGUCAUUAUGGAACAUUGCGGAGCAUAGACACUUUCACACAGAAGCGAAACGGAGCCGAUAUUGGAAAGCACGUUGUGUAUAUGCCCCGCAAUGCACUUGGUUCAUACAAGCAGCAGAGAAUGCUGGGUGUAGCAUAUGGACCAUAAAGCAAUAUCAGGGGUAUCACCCGUGUAGGCCGGAUUACACGCGAGCUAAAGACGACAAAUUGUUAACUAGUGAACUCAUUAGUGACCUGAUUGGUCCUAAAAUUGAAGAAGAUGCUGAUUAUAAAGUCAAACUCAUAAUGAGGGAUGUUUAUGAGUUGUUCCAAGUAUCUGUCUCCUAUAAGAAGGCAUGGUGUGCAACGUCAUUGGCCAUUCAGCGAUUGUACGGUAGUUGGGUGGAAUCAUACAACAAGCUUGCUCCUUUGCUCGGUGCAAUAAUGGGAUCAAACCAGGGGACAGUUGUGGAUUUGCAAACUCUACCUACAAAUGCACCGACUACAUUUCAGUUCAGCAGCAUGCACAACAUGGGAUAUACUCUGUGGUUGUGGAUGGAUCCUUCAACAAUGGUCACCGCGAGACAUUUGCGGUGAAUUUAAAUGCACGGACAUGUACUUGUGGAUAUUGGGUAAUAUAUCACAUUCCGUGCAUUCACGUUCACGCAGUAUGUCAUCAGUGUAGUGUCACUGUGGAUCAUUUGAUUCCUAAUUUUUUUUCACUCCAGUCCUACAUCAACGUUUAUUCACGCAUCCUAAUGCCGCUUCUCGAUGAGGACGACUGGCCUACUCCAGGAUACGAGAUUGUGAGACCAACUGCACGAGCGAAAACACAAACCGGUCGACCA